AUCAGAAAAGGGCAUACGAAUAUCCAGACUCCGUUUCCAUUCGAAUCCCUCGAAUUAUUGUGUGCGUGCUAAAUCUGAUCGAUCUACCUUAUCCCGUUUGACCGUCGAGGAGUCGUCCCUUCUCCGGUUGUACUUCCAUACAUCGCAGAGGAGGAGAGAGGAAAGGAGAUCGCACAUGGACCGGCCAGAUCAAACCUCCGCGUCGCCCAUGGCGCCGCAGUCCCAAUCUCCCCCCCAGAAUCCCCCUACUCCAGGAUCUGAAACAAAAAUACCAAUCAAUGGGGGUACGAAUGCCAAGAUUGAUGCUGCCAAUGAAACUUCUGAAGCACCAGUAUUGAGAGAAGACCAAGUUCAAAAUGCUAUUAACUUUCUGUCGCACCCAAAAGUAAGAAGUUCCCCAGUUGUUCAUAGGCGUUCUUUUCUAGAAAAGAAAGGCUUAACCAAGGAGGAAAUAGAUGAAGCCUUCCGGCGUGUGCCUGAUCCAUCAUCCAAUGCCACAAAUGGACAAGUUUACACUACAAACACUGCUUCACAGCCAAAAUCGCUUAACACCUUGCAACCCCAAGAUCCAGUACAAACUCCUCAACCAGCAGGUCCUCCCAUCACUGUGGCUUCAGCAUCUCCAAGCCAACAGCCAAGAAGGUUUCACUUGUCUCAUGCACUUGUUGCAGCUGGGGUGGUUGCUGCUUCAGGUUUUGGGAGUGCUGUUCUUGUCAAGAAUGUGUUCAUUCCUCGGUUGAAAGCAUGGAUCAAGAAAGUUGUGGCUGAAGAAAAAGAAUCUGAGGAGGGUAGUUUGAGCACUAAACUAGCUGAAGAAGCAGCAGAAGCUGCAAAAGCAGCUGCUGCAUCUGCUGCUGUUGUUGCUAAAGCAAGUCAAGAAUUGCUAAGCUCCAAAAGUGAAGAGAGAAAGUACUUUGAGGGUUUCAUGGCAGCACUAGAUGUUCAAGUUAAGGAAAUGAAAUCCAUGGGUGAUGCUAUUCGUAGAUUGGAAAGCACAAGGGAUGACAGAUUCUCUGAAGAUAAGCCUAUAUAUGAGAAUAUCAUGCAUACAACUGGGAAUGGUACAGCUAACAACACAUGGAGAACUUCUCAGCGUGUUAAAGUUAACAGCCCACCAAUUACCAGCUAUGGAGAAGUGAGGUCUUCACCACCGCCUAUGUUAAGGGAAUCUUUAACUGCAGCCAACAGGAACUCAUACACCGAGCCAUGGGAGGUUGCUCGUUCAGCUCAGCAGAGACCUAGCUAUUCCCUGCAGCACGAAACUAGUGAAGAACGCUUGGGUUCGAGAAUAGACGAUGGUUAUGGACCUCCACCUGACAGGAAUGUGAAUGGCUAUGAUACCUCAGAGCCCUGGUGGUCAAAGAAGAAUGUGAGAAUCACUGAAAUGGAAACCGAAGAGCAGCAAAAGCAGUUGCAUUAUGGUGUUGAAUCAAACGAAAGACUGAAGCCGCGGGGAUGGGUUCCGCCUCAACCACCAGCCAUUGUGAUGCCAGGAGCUGCAGAUGCCAUUCGCCGCCCAAAACCACUUCCUCAAAAGCAGCCUACCGGAGAUGCACAGUCGGUUGCAAGUUCAGAUGACGGGAAGGAAGGAGAAACGAGAGUUCCAGACUCUGUCACUGAGGCAGACUUAAAUAAUACCAUUCCUGCUGGUUCCUCCAGUCAGAGUGGAAUACAAGAAGAAAGCGCAACUGCUCUUGAAGUUAUCUGAGAGAUCAGUGAACUCCGGCCAUUAUAGCGCUUCGUAUCCUCGUUCCAUAUCCAUCAGCUACUACUGCUCUUGAGGAUACACCCGACAAUACAUUAAAAAUAAGAAACAAAGUUCUAUGAAAGUUAUAGAUCUAUCCCUUUAAGUCCCCAAUGUGACUGGAAUUGUUUAUUUAAUGUGCUUAAUAAACAUAGAGUACAGCUUUCAUAUUUACUUGAUAA